AACAAUAAUAAGUAAGCCAAAGGUUAAUGGCUAGGGAAAAUGGCUGUAAUACUCAGGCUAGCUACAGGAAGAGGAUGACAGCAGCCUGCUGAUGAGCAUAAUGGCUGCAUCUGUCACUCAGGAUGUUAAAUCUUUUACACAAUGGAUUGCUCUAGAUUUGCUUAAAGUUUGGUGGAUUAUUCAUCAUGUUGGCAGAAAAAUAGCAUGGAAUACAUGAGUUAAUGGUUUGCAGAUUCAGGGGAUCUGUUGUAGUUGAUUGCUUGGACUUUUAAGAUAGCACAGGGGGGACGGGGAAGUACUACUGCGGGAUGAAGCUGCUGUCCUGUAGCUGCUGUGACGGUCACUGUGGCCCCAACAACGGGUGUAACUGCGGGCCAUGUGCUGCCCUGGACAGGGAGGAGGAGGCAGGAAAGGCUGAAUCAACACAGACACCCCCGCCCUCGGCCCCCAUGAUUGACAGCUGGACAUGGGGACAGGAACCGGACGUGGAGAAGCUGGAUGUGUGCCUACGGUCGUUGCUGCACGAGAGCCAGCAACUGUGCACAGAAGCCUCGUGUACGUCCCUGUCCACCACCCGCCUCCAGCAGCGACUGGCCGUUCUUGAGAGGUACUUCAGUGCAAUCUCUCGACAAGCUCCACCUGAGAAGAGCGGGCCUUCGAAAAAGAGCCAAACGAAUCAGACAAACCUCAACAAGCAAAAAAGCAACAUCAAACCAGCAGAGAAGGCUACAAUGGGGCUUGCACGUGUUGGGUCAAGAGCGGCCCUUAGUUUUGCAUUUGCGUUUCUGCGCCGGGCAUGGAGGUCAGGAGAGGACUCGGACCUUUGCUCUGAGCUGCUUGCAGAGAGCCUUGAGGCUCUGCAGUCUCUGCCUGAGGCCAGUCUGUUUGAGGAUGGUACAGUCUCUACAGUGUGGCUCGAUGUCGUGGAGAGGGCCACCAAAUUCCUUCAUUCUGUUGUGUCCGGGGAUAUCAACUCUGGCAGCAAGGAGCCGGUGCCUGUGCAGGACCAGCAGACAGCACUGGCCCUCACCCUUGAGCUGGCCAUACAGCGUGGCACCUUGAACCAUGUGCUCUCCUCUGUCCUACUCCUCCUAGGCCUCUGGAACAACAGUCGCCAUGACUUUGACAACAGGGUGCGAUGUAACCUCUACAGUGCCCCUCUUAUUCCACUUCUGAAGAGGUUCCAGGGAAUCACAAGCUCUAAACCAAGGGUGGUUGAAAACUCCAAAUGGGAUGAAGGUUCAUAUUAUGUUAGCCCGACAGAAUGUUUCCUGCGGUACUUGACCUACCCAGAGGACCAGAGCCUGGCGAUUGACCUGCGCAUGUCUGCCCUCGUCAUAAUGUCUCACCUGGACCGCCUCGCCAAGCCCUACCUGCCACUCUCACACAAUCAGAAGAGUCACCGUUUGAGCCAAAACCAGGAGGUGGUGGGGUGGGGCUCAUUCGCCUGGAAGGGGGGCAGCUCUGGCCCCAUCAUUCUUGACUUCCUCAACGAUGUCUGUGGGGUGCAGCAGGUCGUCUGUGCCGAGAAAGUGAUCAUUGUCCUAGCAGGGAAUGGCAAUGUCUACCUGAUUUCGUACUCUUCUGAAGCUGCUUCCAUGUGGAUGAUGGGUGGGUUUGGUGAGCGAGAGGUGGUGAAGCUGGCAGCCCACCCAGACGGGAAACACUUCCUUGCCCUCACCCGGGAUGGUGAGGUGUUCUCGUGGGGUAAUGGUGACGGAGGAAGACUCGGACAUGGAGAUAACAUAUCUCGUGAGGAACCAACGCUGGUGAAGGCUCUGUCAGGCAAGCAGGUUGUGCACAUUUCAUGUGGAAGCACCUACAGUGGAGCGAUCACUGCGGGGGGGGAGCUGUUCACCUGGGGGCGGGGCAACUAUGGGCGCCUCGGGCUUGGGGGCAGUGAGGAUCAGACGGUCCCUAACCUUGUCACUGCCCUCAAAGGCCACAGAGUCAUUGAUGUGGCAUGUGGAAGUGGAGAUGCACAAUCACUGGCUGUUACUGACACUGGUGCAGUCUAUUCAUGGGGUGAUGGUGAUUAUGGGAAACUUGGGCGAGGUGGCAGUGAUGGUUGCAAGACGCCCAAGGUGAUUGAGAGGCUGAUGGGACAGGAUGUGAUUAAGGUCUACUGUGGGGCCCAGUUCAGUAUGGCGCUCACCAAGUCGGGAUCAGUAUUCUCAUGGGGAAAAGGGGACAACUUUCGAUUAGGCCAUGGGACAGAGGAGCAUGUAAGGUUACCAAAGCAGAUAGAGUAUUUCGGAGGCCAAAAGAUUGUGGACAUUUCGGUUGGGUCGAUGCACUGUCUGGCGGUGUCAGAGGAGGGUGAGGUCUACGGGUGGGGCCGGAGCGAGCAUGGUCAGCUGGGGGAUGUGGCUGUUCAGUGUCGCACAGAGCCUACACUCCUUCCUGGCCUUGAUGGCAAGAAAAUAAUAGGGGCAGCAUGUGGAAACUCACAGAGUUUUGUAUGGUCAUAUGGAGGCCAGCCCACUGUGAGUAUGCGUGUGCCAUUUGUGGUGGACAUGAACCGCGUGACAUUUGAGCAGCUGGAUGAGCUGCUAGGGGAGGUUUGUGUGGGCCUGGAUGGCUCCUCAGACUGGCCCCCACCUCAAGAGAAGGAAUGCAUGGCUGUUGCCGGCCUAAACCUGCUCAACCUACAGCUUCAUGUGGCAAUCUCUCACAAUGAGAGCCUAGAGCAGUUGGGACUGGGAGCCGGGAGUUCGCUCGUAUCCAGCCUGAAGAGACGCGUGGUCAGCCUGGCCAGUAACAGUGGAGUCAUUUCCACUGUCCAGAUGGCCGCACAGAACACACUGCAGAAUGGCUGGUCCAUCCUCCUCCCCACAGCUGAGGAGAGGGCUCGCACUCUAUCUACACUCCUCUCUUCUGGCGGUCACGAUGUGUCUGGAAUGAGUGCCGGUCAACGUUUUAUGACAGACCUGCUGGUGAGCAGCCUGAUGGCCGAUGGCGGGCUUGAGUUUGCUAUGGAGGCAGCUAUCAAGAAAGAAACAGAGGCAUUCGAGGAUAAAAAGGACCAAUCUGAGCAGAAAGAAGACAGUAAAUGUGGCCAGGGAGAUGAGGGAGGGGAGGGAAAGAUAGGGCCAGACCCAGAGGAGGAAGGAGGGGCAACCAUACCCCUGCUACAACUCAUACAGCAGCUACUCAGGAACUCCUCAGCCCACUCUCAAUCCCUCCUCCAUGAGUUGUCUCGUGAUGGUGUAAUAAAGAUGGAGGAUACGGUGAUGCGUGACGCGUCCCCCAGUCUUGACCUCCUGCUACAGUUCCAGAGACUCCUUGUGGCCCGCAUGUUUCCCAAACACAACACCAUCCUUACAGCUCCGGCAGACCUGGACUCAGAGCUGCAGGGAGCUGGUUCCCUGCUGAGGAAGUAUUCGAGCCUGCUGUGCGGUCAUGUGAUGGACAUCCUUCCGUUAGGUGCAAGUCUUGCCUCCAACAGCAGCAAACACUUCUCCCUUGUCUCCAAGAUCAUCACCAGCGAUGUCACCGGUGUGUUGUUACCGGAGAUGCUGACCUGUAUGGUGCUGCUGCAGUUGCGUGCUCCGGCAGUGGUGCAGAUGUCAGGCUCCGUUCCAGUCCUUGAGCAGAUCCUUGACAUCCUCGAUAAGUACAAUAGGCUUGCGCCCGGCCUCACACGUGAGGACAGGGAAGACCUCGCAUGGCCCGGCGUCUGGGCAGGCCAGAGUAGUGAGCGUGUGAGCCAGAAGCCGCUGGAGGAUGUCCAGAUUAUCCGGCGGGCUGACCUUGAGAACCACAACAAGGAUGGGGGAAUGUGGAUUAUCCUCCACGGCAAGGUGUACGAUGUACAAGACUUCAAAAUAAAGGCUCCAUGUGGCAGGGAUGUGUUGAUAGAGACUGCAGGCCGAGAUGCAACUGUGGAGUUUGAGAAUGCCCACCAUUCCCUGGCGGCCCGAGAGAUGAUGCAGGCUUUCUAUGUGGGCCAGUAUGUCGAGCCUGAGAAAGAUAUGAUCCAGCUGACAGACACAAGCUCAGCAUCGUCUCCACUAAUGGACAGUGAGCGAACCCUUGGGCUGCUAUUGGGCCUUCAGGCUGCCCAUCUUGCCCGCUCCACCCCCCUCUCACAAGAGGAACUUGAGUGUCGCCAGUGGCUCGAGUCAGACUUCUUUCGUGGGGGCCUGCAGCUUCUCUCCCCAAGGAACCCUUUUGAGGAGGAGAAAGGGGAGAGUCGCUCUUCUAGUGUCACUACAACACCUGGUGGUAUGAGUCAGUCAGUAGCAGAGCUCACAGCGAAGGCUCUUGAGGAGAAGGAGGCUCUGUUUGACAGGCAGGCUUCAAUCUCAGAUGUUUCAAGGCCCUUCCUGGUGGCCCUGGCGGAGGGGCGUUGUCAGGAACCCGGUGUCAAAUCCUUUCUCAUUAUGAUGGAUAGGUACACCAGGCAGCACCACCUUGGUCUACCCAUUGAGUUCACCCAGGACCAUCCAGUAGAGGAGGUCGGAAGGUUGUUGUUGGCAGUGUUAAUCAAGCACCAUGACCUUGCCCAUGUGGUUCUGGGCCUGGUAGAGCAUGGUCAAGGGGAUCACUCCAAACACACCCUACCUCGUUCCAUCAUAGAGCUGUUACGGGUCGCUGGACAGGUCAAGAGGUCACUUGUCAAGGCACAUCAAGAGCAGAAUGGUUCAUACAAGGAGGUAUGUGCUCCAGUGAUUGAGCGCUGCCACUUCCUGUUUAACGAGCUCAGGCCUGCAAUUGGUAACGAGGUGAAUGCCUUGAGUCGGUCACGCCUCCUCCACACACGGUCCAGGUGGAAAACUGCCAUAGAAAAAGUCCUUGAAGACAUCAGAAAGGAAAAAGACGUACACGAAUCUUUAACUGGCCUCCCGAAUUUGCCAGAUGAUAGUGUGCAAUCCGAGGAGCCUGAAGAUGGCCCGUCUCUGGAGGAGCAGGAGGGUUCCUUACAGCAGCUUAACCAAUCAGAAGACUCUACUGUGGCUGAGAGUGGGGCUGCUGAGGUUGAAGGACAGGAUGAGGAGGAGUUUGGUGUUGUGAAGGUGUGGGGUAAAAAUGAGGCUCCCCGCAUGGAUGACGGUCAGGAGUGGCGUGAUACAGGCUCUGCAGAUGCCAGGGAGAGGCUCACUCUUGAAAACAUUGAUUUACCUGCACAUGGGAAGAAGAAACACACCAGGCAUCAAAAAAAGGACUCCUGGGAUCCGUUAGUGUCAAUGGUGUCCAGUUCUCACAAGAUGAGCUGGCUAAAACAGCGGCUCACAGGGGCCUGUGCUGACAUGCCUCUCGUUAACAAGAUUGUUGAGUUUGUGAUCCAUGAGGGCCACAUUGAUAUUGAGAAACUGCGAAGAUCCCUACUCCACCAGGUUCGUCGUGCCGAGACUCGACUGCGGGGCAUCCAGACUAUGCUGGCCCUGGUCCAUCGGGAGCACCUUGUGCCCUCCGUCAAGUACAACCUGCUGUGUGGAUGGCAGGGACUUCUCACCAUGGGACACAAGAGCUGCAAGCCAGUACCGCAAUGUCUGUCUGACAUCACGUUGAUACCACCGUGUGACCGUAUCCUGCUGCAGAUGACAUUCUCAGAGCUGUUUGGCUGGUCGAUCAAGCAGCUCCGUCAGCACAUACAUGAGGUGGAUAUGACCUUCAAGGCACGCGGCGUGAACCCAUGUCAGCAGGGACCUAACACCAAGGAAAACAACAGAGAGAAGCUGAAUAUUGGCAUGCUACCCCAGGGGAGGUUUAUCCUGGCACACCUUGGUCUCCUGGUGUCUGAACACCGCGGCACCAGCCUUAGUCUGCUCCUGAAUAACGGUCUGCUUGCCCUCUCACAGAGUGUUCUUAGGCUUAUUGGUCCUGACCCCGAUCGUCAGCUGUCUGAGCCGGCCCAUUCUCUGUGCGCCAUCCUGGAGGAACAAAAGCAUAAGAAGCAGACGGCACCUGUACCGGUCUCUGGCCCAGAACUUGCUGCCAUGAUGAAGGUGGGAACCAGGGUCGUUCGCGGCGUCGACUGGAAAUGGGGAGAUCAGGAUGGACCUUCUCCGAGCAUGGGUCGUGUGAUUGGUGAACUGGGAAACGAUGGCUGGAUCCGAGUACAGUGGGAUUCCGGCAGCACAAACAGUUACAGGAUGGGCAAGGAGGGCAAAUACGACCUCAAACUAGCAGAACCACCCGAACUGCCAGAUAAUGAUGAGGAUGAUGAUGAAGAUGCCUCUCCUUCCAAAGAUUCCAAAAGGACAGACAGCAAAAAUCCGACAUCCCUGAUCAGGAAAGCCACCCUGAACUUGUUAAGAACCAUCUCCAUAGCAACGGGCAUCCACUCAGAAUCAAUUCAGAAAGAGGCUGUAUCCAUUCUGUGUGGUCUGUUGAGGAAUAUUGUGGACUGUGGUUGUAAUUAUGGACUCAACACAAACUCGAUGUCUGUGCAGAUAGCGUGUGAGCAGCAUUACAGUUGGUGUUCACUGGGUUUCCUGAGAAGCGUGGCGACAGGAGACACAAUCUGUCAGGCGAUGUCGUCCCAGCGCUGGGUUGACCUGCUCCUGAAGAUCCUUGAGGAGGAGAAGGCUCAUCAGCAGGCCAACGUCUCCAAGGAGAUUCUGACGAUUAAGCUACUGUGUCGUGUGCUGCCAUCCUGGGGUCAGGGGGUUGACAGGGGGCGUGUCCAGGCCAUAGUGGACAGGCUUGUCAGCCUGCUAGGCAGUAUUUUGGUUGCUUGUGCUGCUGACCCUACCCUCCAGCCAAACGAUGAGUCUCCCCAUCGUCAGAGACAUCGAGCCCCCGUGUCCCUGACUGCCUCAUAUACCAGCACUGUUGCUGAGGAGCUGGUCCAGUUGCUUCGACGACUGCACACCCUGGAUACAUGGAGCCCAGUCAUCAACCAGCAGCUGGUCCGAUACCUACAAACUGUUCCCCGAUUGCUCCUUGACUCAGGCACAGUGGUCAAGAAUGACCCCAGUCGCGAGGCAGAGGAGGCGUCAGUGUUGGCCAUGUUAGCCAUUAUCGGUGGAGUGGAUGGGCGGCCACGACUAGGUGGGCUUGUGCAAGUGGAGGAUCAGGGCUUGGGUACCAUAUCUCGCAUCACUGCCCGUGGGAAAAUACACAUACAGCUGCCAAACGGCAAUAUCUCUGUCACCAGGCUCAACACUCUCACUCCUGUUGCAGGCCUUGAUUUUGAAGUAAAUCGUCUGCCCCUGACUGAGGAGGUUGCAAAUAUGUGGGGCAGUCUGCUGGCCCUGGCAGUUCACGCUUACCGGCCGGAGCGUGAUGGACGUGACUCUGACAAGGCCCCGCUGGCCACCAGCACGACCACAGUGGAAUCUGCUGAGAUGAGCCAUGUAGACAUGUUUGAGUUGCGGAGGCAGCAGCAGCGUCUCGGUCUCCUGCGAGCCGUGCGAGUCCUCCUGUCCUACCAGAACAUCCUGCGCCAGAUCCUCUCUCGGGGUCUUUUGCCAGAGCUGUCCCCAGCAGAGCAGGAUCCCAGCUCCACGAUGGAUGAAGAGGGUGCAGGUGAACAAACUGAGGGGCCAAACCACAUUCUGCAACAUGUGCUGGUGUCUGCCACACAACCCUCCACUCUCAAGGCACUCUUCACCAGAGAGGAAUUGGAGGGAGCGUGUUUAUCAGUGGUUCAGUACCUGACAGCAGCCAAGGAGGACAUGGAGGAGGAGAUGGAGGACUCAGACUCUGAUGGGGAGGUCUUGCCGGUCCCCACCCUGGCGCCUGCAGUCCCCACCGUCAUGGGUAAAACCCGGGUAAAGAAACCCCGCCCACCGGUCUCACCGCCCUUACCCGAGGUGACCAGGAUUAUGGAGAUGGGCUUCCACAGAAAACAAGUCGAGUAUGCCAUCAAAUCUCUAGGUGGAUCUGUGGCCUCUGCAGCAGAGAUCCCGAGCCCUGAAUCGGUGGUCAACUGGCUGAUAGAGCACCAGGCAACGCUGCCUGUGGAGGAGUCAGACUCGGAUAGCGACUCCUCUGUUGACUAUGACACGGACACAGACUCCGCUUCUGACUGCUUCGAUGACCUUGACUCCUCAGCAGAGAUGCUGAUGUCAGUUGUAAUAGGAAACAGUGGGCCUGGGGCUACUGGCCAAAGCCAGGAGUUCAAACACCGGGCCGACUUCCCUACUGAUGAUGACUAUGCAAUGUAUGUUCGGGACAACAUUCAGGUUGGCAUGACGGUGCGGUGUUGCCGGGUAUAUGAGGAGGUGCAUGAGGGCGAUACCGGCAAGGUCAUGAAGUUGGACCGAGAUGGUCUCCAGGACCUGAACAUUCAGGCAGACUGGCAGCAGAAGGGCGGCACAUACUGGGUCAGAUAUGUCCAUGUGGAGAUACUGGGUUACACCAGUGCUGGCACAACUAUGAAAGUUGGAGAUAAGGUACGGGUGAAGCCCAGUGUGACCACACCCACAUAUAAGUGGGGCUCGGUGACCCACCGCAGUAUCGGCUCAGUAACCAACAUCGUUUCCAAUGGGCGUGACAUUACCGUUGACUUUCCUCAGCAGGCCCACUGGACGGGCGUCAUCGACGAGAUGGAACUUGUACCCAGCACUCACAAUGGCGUCAGUUGUGAUGAGUGCAACAUGUUCCCAAUCAUAGGAGUAAGAUACAACUGCAGGAUUUGUGAGGACUUUGAUUUCUGUGAGUCCUGCUUCAAGACAAAGAAACAUCGCCAUCCUUUCAACAGGAUAACAGAGCCCGGCAGUGAGCCCGUUCCUGCAGGCAAGCCUGGGAAACAGAAGAAGCGCCCAGUGUACCCAGUCAGUGGCUCACUGAUAGAUGACUGGCAUAUGUGUGUGAAGGGCCUGACGGUGUCAUCCCGGGAAAACCAGGCUCACAGACUCAUAGAGGGAAACACUGGCUUUUGGCAGAGCUCAGGAUCGCAAGGAAAGCAUUGGAUCCGACUGGAGAUUCUACCAGAUAUCCUGGUGAACCGGUUGUUGUUGCGUGUGGAGCCAACAGACUCGAGCUACAUGCCAUCCCUAGUGGUGGUCAGUGGUGGAGAGAGCACACACUGCCUGAAGGAGAUCCGCACCAUCACCGUCGCAUCCUCCGACUCCCUCGUAUCUCUCCUCCAGGACUCCACAGAGUACUACCGCUACAUAGAGAUUGCCAUCAAGCAGUGCAGACAGAGCGGCAUUGACUGUAAGAUCCACGGCUUGUCCAUCAUCGGUCGGUACAGGUCAGAUGAUGAUAGUGCCGCAAGUUUCUCUUUCCUUGCAUCAGACCGGGAGGAUGAGGAGGAUGAUGGGCGACAGGUGACAACCCCAGCCAUGAAGAAGAAGGUGAAAGGCUCGGGCAAGGAGAUCCAGACACACGUGUUCACCUGGGGACUUAAUGACAAGGACCAGCUGGGAGGACCCAAGGGUUCCAAGAUCAAACUGCCUGUGCUAAAUGAGACACUGUCUGCUCUAAAGUGUGUGCAGAUUGUUGGAGGAUCAAAGUCCCUGUUCUGUGUGACCCAGGAGGGCAAAAUCUAUGCGUGUGGAGAGGCGACCAAUGGGAGACUGGGACUUGGCAUGAGUGCCGGAACUGUGUCUGUGCCACGACAGCUCACUUCUCUCAGUCAGUACGUCAUCAAGAAGGUUGCUGUACACUCUGGAGGUCGACAUUCACUGGCCCUGACUGUGGAUGGGAAAGUGUUCUCCUGGGGCGAGGGUGAUGACGGGAAGCUGGGACACGCCUCAAGGAUGAAUUGUGAUAAACCGAAGCUGAUAGAAGCCCUGAAGGCAAAGCGUGUGCGGGACAUUUCAUGUGGGAGCUCCCACAGUGCCGCCAUCACUUCUAAUGGUGAACUGUACACCUGGGGACUUGGGGAGUAUGGCAGGCUUGGACAUGGCGAUAAUGUCUCACAAAUCAAACCAAAACAGGUGAAGGAGUUGUCAGGCCAACGGGUGAUUCAGGUGGCAUGUGGAUCAAGAGAUGCUCAGACGCUAGCCCUCACUGAUGAGGGGCUUGUGUACUCCUGGGGGGAUGGGGAUUUCGGAAAACUUGGCCGUGGGGGCAGCGAAGGCUGUAAUGUUCCUAAGGAAGUAGACAGGCUGAGGGGCCAGGGAGUGGUGCAGAUAGAGUGUGGGGCUCAAUUCUCCCUGGCCAGGACAAAGUCAGGACAAGUAUGGACCUGGGGCAAGGGUGACUAUUUUCGACUUGGUCACGGGUCUGAUGCCCAUGUAAGGCGACCCACCCUUGUUGAGGGUCUUGUGGGGAAGAAGAUUGUACAUGUGGCAGUGGGGGCCCUCCACUGCCUUGCUGUCACAGAAAAUGGACAGGUUUAUGCAUGGGGAGACAAUGACCAUGGUCAGCAGGGUAACAGUACGACCACCGUGAACCGCAAACCUGCCCUUGGCCAUGGGCUGGAGGGCUACAAGAUCACCAAGGUGGCCUGUGGCUCCUCCCAUUCCAUCGCCUGGGCAACCACUGACUUAACCAUGCCCACAUCACAUGAACCGGUCCUGUUUUCAACUUCUAGAGACCCACUUGGGGCCACUAACUUAGGCCUGCUGGAGGGUAACAAUGAGGACCAUUGCUCUGGGGUGUCCCUGUCCUCCCCAAGUAAGGCAGCACGCCCCUCACUGGCCAAGGUCAUCUUAUCACAGGAGUCAGACCUCGCCAAGCAGCAGGCACUUGCUAAUGUCCUCCAGGCCCUGCAGAUUAUAUAUGCCAGAGAUGCAGUAGUGAGUUCCCUGCAAAAGGAAAACCAGAUGGUGGCCCCACCCCAGGGGAAUCCCCUGGUCAUGUCCCUGUCCCAGGCUUCUGCUACCCCUCGCAGUACCACCCCCAUCCCCUUCUUGGAAGCCAGCUUGGUCACAUCAACAACCCUCCCACCCCUAGAGGGCGCUGUUGGGGGCAUAGUCGACCACACAGACAUUAACCUUGCCCUCAUGGAAAACUCUCUCGAAACAAUGACGCUGGAGGAUCAUCAUGCAUUCCCUAGCAUGCACUCCCUGGCCUCCAAGUCUAAGGUGGCGAGCAUCCUGGCUGAGACAUUUACAUCCCCUGAUCAAGUGACCAACACCACAGAGACUCAGGAUGUACCCAUCGUCAUAUCAGGUCUUGAUGACUUCACAUCCCGGCUCUCCCCAGAUGAUGCCCGUGUCCUAGUGGACCUCCUCAAGCUGUCGGUGGCAGGCCGAGUCGGGGUUCACGGGCGGGAGACGCUAUCGGAGGUGUUAACAAGCUUGGCCCGCACGAGCCCCGCAGUGGCAGAGAUGCUGCUCGAGUUGUGUGUGACGGAGCUGGAAGAUGUGGCUGCUGACCGUGACUCUGGACGCUCCAUGGCCCAGCCCAUCGUUCAGGAAAGCCCUCACCCAUACACGGAUGAUACAUCACUUGCAGGACAUGUCAAGAUUCCAGGUGCAGAGGCAAUGCGAAUAGAGUUUGACAGGCGUUGCUCAACGGAGAGGCGCCAUGAUCCUCUCACCAUCAUGGAUAGUUCAGGCAGAAACCUUGCCAUAAGAUCUGGUCGUGAGUGGGCUGACUGGUCCCAAGAGCUGCGAGUCCAGGGAGAUGAGAUUCGCUGGAAGUUCACAAGCGAUGGUUCAGUGAACGGCUGGGGUUGGUGCUUUACUGUGUAUCCCAUCAUGCCAGCAGCUGCCCCCAUGGACAUGCUAUCUGACCGCACAGUGCUCUCAAGGCCGUCUAUCGACCUGGUUACGUGCCUGCUGGGCUUCAAGCUGGAGGUGAACAUGGACAGGAUCAUGGUGGCCCGCCUGGCUGCCUCCCUUGCUGCCUGUGCCCAGCUCAGCUCCCUUGGAGCUGCCCAGAGAAUGUGGGCUCUACAGAAGCUGCGUCGUUUGAUUAGUGUGAAUGUUGGCCAGACCCUGAAUGUGACUGACCUUCUAUCCAGCCCUGUUGACAUACAGGACCACGACACUAGCAGGCCUUUUGCUGUGCCCCUGACAGGUUCUGCCCUCGGGUCGCUGGUGAAGGGUCUACCUGAGGCGCUGCAGAGACAGUAUGAGUAUGAGGAUCCCAUUGCCCGCAGCGGGAAACACCUCAUGCACAGCCCAUUCUUCAAGGUGCUAGUGGCCUUAGCAUGUGACCUUGGCCUGGACUCUCUGCCCUGCUGUACUGACUUGGCACACAAGUGGGCAUGGUUCCGGCGGUACUGUAUGGCCGCCCGGGUAGUGACGGCUAUGGUGCGCCGCGGGAGGUUGCCAGCGGCGUUCAUGGAGGAAGUUGGCAAGAAGGUGCAGGACAUUGGGGACGAAGAGGAGGAGACUAACCUCGACCAUGCCAACCAUAACCUGUUUAGAACAGAGCUGGAUGAGCAGCUUCUGCUCUGGAUGAAUAGGAGGCCGGAAGAUUGGACACUGUCGUGGGGCGGAAGUGGGCAGAUCUGGGGCUGGGGCCACAACCACCGGGGUCAGCUGGGUGGGGUUGAAGGGGCGAAGGUCAAGUUGCCUGUUGGCUGUGAGUCCCUCUCCGCCCUCAGACCUCUACAGCUUAUUGGUGGGGAGCAAACGCUGUUUGCUGUCACUGCGGAUGGCAAGGUGUACGCGACGGGUUACGGUGCAGGUGGGAGGCUGGGAGUGGGCGGGACAGAGUCUAUUGCUGCACCCACCCUGCUAGAGUCCAUCCAGCAUGUGUUCAUCAAGAAGGUGGCAGUAAACUCCGGGGGCAAGCACUGCCUUGCUCUUUCCGCAGAGGGGGAGGUUUACUCAUGGGGGGAAGGCGAGGAUGGAAAACUGGGCCAUGGAAACAGGAGCCCCUGUGACCGUCCACGUGUGAUAGAGUCUUUGCGAGGGAAGGAGGUGGUUGCCAUAGCAGCAGGAGGGGCCCACAGUGCCUGCAUAACAUCUUCUGGGGAGCUGUUCACAUGGGGAAAGGGCAGAUAUGGCCGUCUCGGGCACGGGGACAGUGAUGACCAGUCUCGCCCAAAACUGGUAGAGGCCCUGAAAGGUUGCCGUGUGCUGGACGUAGCAUGUGGGAGUGGGGAUGCCCAGACCCUUUGUAUCACCGACAACGACUGUGUCUGGUCAUGGGGCGAUGGUGACUAUGGAAAACUGGGUCGAGGUGGAAGUGAUGGUGUGAAGGUGCCAUGUAAGAUCGACUCCCUGCAGGACUUGGGUGUUAUCAAGGUGGAAUGUGGGUCACAGUUCUCCGUCUCACUCACCAAAUCAGGGGCUGUCUUCACAUGGGGCAAAGGAGACUACCACCGUCUUGGUCAUGGCACAGAUGACCAUGUGCGUCGUCCCCGGCGUGUGUCAGCCCUGCAAGGGAAGAAGGUGGUGGACAUAGCGUGUGGCUCGCUGCACUGCGUGGCUUGCACAGACAUUGGGGAGGUGUACUCCUGGGGGGACAAUGAUGAGGGACAGCUUGGUGACGGCACCACCAACGCCAUACAGAGACCAAGGCUUGUCGCUGCACUGCAAGGAAAGAAGAUAAAUAGAGUUGCAUGUGGCUCAGCCCACAGCCUUGCUUGGUCGACCAAUAAGCCAGUGAGUGCUGGCAAGCUGCCAACGGCUGUUCCAAUGGAGUACAACCACCUACAGACUAUCCCAAUAACAGUUUUGCGGAACCGGCUGGUCCUGCUGCACCACUUCUCAGACCUGUUCUGCCCGUCAAUCUCCAUGUUUGACCUCCAGGAAACAGGCCAGGAACGGGAGAAGUGGGAGGUGUUCGCAGGCCUUGAUAAGCUACGUGGGGUCAUUGUCUCCAGUGCAAAGGAGACGGCCUUUCGGAAGGUUGUUCAGGCAACCAUGGUCCGGGACAAGCAGCAUGGCCCAGUGCUGGAGCUUAACCGUAUCCAGGUAAAGAGGUCACGGGCGAAGGGCGGGGUCGCGGGGCCUGAUGGGAUCAAGUCAGUGUUUGGUCAGAUGUCCCAACAGAUGGGUGUGUUUGGAGCAGACUCCCUCAUGCUGCCUCACAGGGUCUGGAAGGUGAAGUUUGUAGGAGAGAGUGUGGAUGACUGUGGUGGUGGCUACAGUGAGUCUAUAGCUGAGAUGUGUGAUGAGCUACAGAACGGUUCCCUACCUCUCCUCAUUGUCACCCCGAACGGCCGUGAUGAGUCGGGUGCGAACAGAGACUGCUUCCUCCUCAACCCCAUGCUUAACCAAGCCAUUCACCAGAACAUGUUCAAGUUCCUAGGGAUGUUGAUUGGAAUUGCUAUCCGAAGUGGGUCUCCACUGAGCAUCAACCUGGCUGAGCCUGUGUGGAAGCAGCUAGCUGGCAUGCCACUGUCUGUCGGGGACCUCACAGAGAUGGACAAGGACUUUGUUCCAGGUCUGAUGUGUAUCAAGGAGAUGGAGGAAGGUGAACUGCGACGGGCAGACAUGCCGUUCUCCGUGCCCAGCUCCACGGGCCAGGAGGUCCACCUCUCCAACAAACAUGUUCGCAUCACUACCGACAACCGUGCUGAGUACAUCAGACUCGCCAUGAACUCCAGGCUGCACGAGUUUGACGAGCAUGUAAAGUGGGUGCGGGAAGGCAUGAGCAAGGUAGUCCCUGUGCCCCUCCUGUCCCUCUUUACUGGUCUUGAGAUGGAAACCAUGGUGUGUGGCAGCCCAGACAUUCCCUUGAACCUGCUCAAGUCAGUAGCCACAUACAAGGGUGUGGACGCAACAGCACCGCUGGUGCAGUGGUUCUGGGAGGUGAUGGAAGAUUUCUCCAAUGCAGAGAGGUCCCUGUUCCUCCGCUUCGUGUGGGGCCGCACUCGCCUGCCGCGCACUAUCGCAGACUUCCGUGGCAGGGACUUUGUACUGCAGGUGUUGGACAAGUACCAUCCCCCGGACCACUUCUUGCCAGAGAGCUACACCUGCUUCUUCCUGCUCAAGAUGCCACGCUACUCCUGCAAGCUCGUGCUGCAGGAGAAAUUGAAGUAUGCCAUCCACUUCUGCAAGUCCAUUGACACAGAUGAUUAUGCCCGUGUGGCACUGGCUGGUGAGGAGGAAUCGACGCCAGAAGCGAGCGAUGAGUCGGAUGACGUGCAGUCAUUCAACACGGACGGUGAAAUCUCGGACAUGGAGAACAGUAUUUGAGAGGUGGAUAAGUGUUAGUAUGAACUGCACAUUGUACCAUCUCGUACGAGUGUUUGUCAGAUAGUUCCGUAUUGAAUUUCAUGUUUAACAUUGUGGACUAUUGUAUUUGAUUUUGGAACUUAUUAGUGUUCUUAGUAACCUGUUCAAAGAUUGAUCAUGCUGUAAGUUAUGCAUAUACAUGCAAAAAAACAGUGUAACAGAAACUUAAUUGUUAUGGAAACAAAGUGUACAUUCUGUUUAGUUUGCACAUUAACUGUUGUUAGGUAAGAUCUUAAUUUUGGGAACAAAGUCUGCUUUGUUCAUGUCUGUUUUUUGAGAUGAAGAGUUCUUGUAAUCAUUGCUUACAUCUGCAUUGUUUUAUACAUCCAUAAAAUUUGUUUGUUUUGUACAUCCAUUAAGAAUGUUUUUUUGUUUGUUAUGCCAUUCCUAUUUUUUCCAUCAUAAAUGAAAGACAUUGUAAAUGUUUCAUGAAUCUAUGUUGAACAUUCCCAGCAUAAACUCAUUUACAUGUACAUUGUAGCUGCUCUAAACUUAAAAAUAUGGCCAGAAAUUAAAGAACUAUGUAGCUGCAUCAGCUAGUUUUGGGUUGUUGAGCAAUCUUUGAACUACAUGUAGCUACUAGUGGACGCGGGGACGCUUUUAAAGUGUGUUAAUGACUAGGUUAUAAGUAUUUAUUUGUUGUGAUCCAUGUUUUUGCUUUUUGCUUUGAUGACAUUAAAGUUUUCAUUUGA